AUGACCCCCUGCACGCUCUACCUCAUCACAUCACGAAAUGAGGCUGCGCAACGGGCGCACUUUGCCAUCUUCGUUCCCGCAGGGGUGAACCCCGACCAAAGGACACUCAUCGAAGCUAUGGGCGCACCAAUGACCGGCUAUACCCUGGAAUCCAAGGGCAACUAUUGCCCUGCCCAGGAUCAUGUGGAAGAUUAUGAGAUUAUGCGUAUCGGAGAGACCGAUUCACAGAAUGUCGUUGACGAUGAAACGGGGUUGAAAUAUAUCGACCAGAGCCCACGAGAUGAUAUCGAGCUUGUGGCUUCUGGGAUUCCGACUCCGGGAAUUUGUGAGAACUUUCUGGCGCCGGUCAAUGAGUCCUCAAACCAGCGAGAUCAAGAAUGGACCCUGGAGUAUAUCCGCCUCCUUGUGGGGAGACGUCUGAUCAGCUCCGAAGCGAUCCAGGUUGUUUACUCCAAGCGUGACCCACCGACCCAUGGUCUCAGAUUCCAGCCCAGUAUUCAUCGGUCAAGUUAG